AUGAUCACAUGGAAGGAUUUCUACACGGUGAUGGCGGCGGUGGUGCCGCUUUACGUAGCGAUGAUCCUGGCCUACGGCUCCGUGCGGUGGUGGCGGAUCUUCUCCCCCGACCAGUGCUCCGGCAUCAACCGCUUCGUCGCCGUCUUCGCCGUGCCGCUGCUCUCUUUCCACUUCAUCGCCACCAACGACCCCUACGCCAUGAACCUCCGCUUCGUCGCCGCCGACACACUGCAGAAGCUCAUCGUCCUCGCCGCCGUGGUCAUCUGGUCCAACAUUCCGUCCAGAUCGGAUGGCGCCGCCGGAGCCGGCGGCGGAGGGGCCUCCUUUGACUGGGCUAUCACCAUCUUUUCCCUCUCCACCCUCCCCAACACCCUUAUCAUGGGCAUCCCCCUCCUCACCGCCAUGUACGGCGACUUCUCCGGCAGCCUCAUGGUGCAGGUAGUGGUGCUCCAGUGCAUCAUCUGGAGCACCCUCCUCCUCUUCCUCUUCGAGUACCGCGCCGCCAGGCUGCUGAUCCUCGAUCAGUUCCCCGACGGCACUGCGGGCUCUAUUGUCUCCUUCAAGGUCGACUCGGACGUCGCCUCGCUCGUCGACGGCGCCGGCGACGACGGCCGCUCCGGCCAUCAGUUCCUCCAGGCUGACGCCGAAGUCGGCGACGACGGCAAGAUCCGCAUCACCGUCCGCAAGUCCACCUCCUCCUGCCGCUCCGUCUCCCUGUUAACUCCCCGGCCGUCGAACCUCACCGGUGCUGAGAUCUACAGCUUGAGCUCUUCCCGGGACCCAACUCCCAGGGGAUCCAAUUUCAACCCCUCCGACUUCUACUCCAUGGCGCGGCCGACUCCUCGCCCUUCCAACGUCGACGACGGUCACAGCCUCACGGGGCCGGCCGCCUUUCCCAACCAGGAGAUCGCCGGCGGCAGGAACAAUCCCGCCGCCGGCAAACCGAUCAGUCACCACCACCAUAGCCACGACGCCAAGGAGCUCCACAUGUUCGUGUGGAGCUCCAGCGCCUCCCCCGUCUCCGAUGUCGGUGGCUUCCACGGUGAGUUCGCCGCCGCGGAGCAGGACGCCAAGGAGAUUCGUAUGAUCAUCCCGGAGGACCUCCCUCAGAGGAAAUGUAACUUACAUCGCUCAAUCCUCUUUGAUGCUCAUCGUCAUUCAUUCUCUGCUUCUGACUGUAAUUCUUCCUCCAGCGGUAACCGGAGGGGAGGAGGCGACUGAGGAGGGGCCGGCGGCGGAGGGGCCGACUAUGGCGGAGCAGUUCCCUAAGGACGGUGGAUGCGGUGGAGGGCUGCCCAUGGAGGGGAAGGUCUGUGGAAAUCGACAGCAGAUGCCGCCGACGAGCGUGAUGACGAGGUUGAUACUUAUCAUGGUGUGGCGGAAGCUUAUCCGCAACCCAAACACCUACUCCAGCCUCGUCGGCCUCACAUGGUCCCUCAUCGCCUUCCGGUAAGAAACUCGCCUCUGCAACUCCCUUCCGAAUUACUACUACUUACGGGGACCUGACUGGUUCGUCUGGGGACGAAGGUGGCAUAUUGCGAUGCCGAAGAUAGUAGAUCAGUCCAUCUCCAUCCUCUCCGACGCCGGACUGGGGAUGGCCAUGUUCAGCCUUGGUGGGUUCACGGCUUCCCUCCCCAUUUAUACCGAUUUCCAUUCAUCUCCUGCGUCGUCUUCCACUUCCGAUUAAUCUCUUGCUCCGUUGUGAUCUCCAUCCAGGGCUGUUCAUGGCAUUACAGCCGAAGAUAAUAGCGUGCGGGAACUCGGUGGCGAGCUUCGCGAUGACGGUGAGGUUCCUCACAGGGCCGGCCGUGAUGGCAGCGGCCUCCAUUGCGGUGGGCCUGCGGGGAACCCUCCUCCACAUCGCCAUCGUGCAGGUAAAUUUCGACCUCGGUGGGGAGUGACGGCGAUGGGGGAGUUAAUGUGGCGGUCUCUGUUUUACUUCGUUGUUGCUAACGGCGGUUUAAUCUCUCCGGCGCCGUCGUCAGGCGGCGCUGCCGCAGGGGAUCGUCCCGUUCGUCUUCGCCAAGGAGUACAACGUCCACCCCGCCAUACUCAGCGCAGGGUGAGUCCUAUCAGAGAGGCCAAUAGAUGCAGAAGAAGAAGAAGAAGAAGAAGAAGAUGUGGAGAUAAGCUUUUAGUUGGUGCUGACUGAGAAAUUCCUCUGGCAAUUCUUCCGCAGGGUCUUCUUUGGAAUGCUGAUAUCGCUCCCCAUCACCCUCCUCUACUACAUCGUUCUUGGGCUGUGA